AUGAAUGGACUAGGCUGGUACCAUGAGGGUUCUAUACUAGCAACAGGACUAGACUCAGCUGGUAACAUGAGAAUGUCUUGGGAUGAUCAUAUAAAGGAAUUGCAAAAGAGGGGUGCUGAUGAAGCAUGCAUAUGCGGCCAUGAUGGGAAUAUGUGGGCAAAGUCUGCUGGCUUUAAUGCUUCUCAAAGGGAAAUCGCCACGGUGAUCAAGGCAGCAAAAGAUGAACCCAUUUCAGAUGAUGAAAAACUGGAGUUGGAUAAAGUACCAUUCAUGAAAAUUGACAGCUUGAAAGGUGAACAUACUGGAUGUAACCUUGUCUCAAAAAAUUCUGGUGAAAAAGUAUUUUGUUGUGUUGCGUGUUCAAACAAGGCUGUUGUUUUUGUAACAAAGACAGGACAACAUCAACGAAAGGCUGUUGGAAUCUGUGAAUAUCAGGUGAAAUAUCUUAAAGAUGCUGGCUAUUAA